UAUUAUUGACGGUGGAUUAUUGACCCGACCCGACUUGCUCCACUUGGCUUUACAUACCCGCUUUAAAAAUAAUAAUAAUAGUGGGUCCCGCCCCCUCCAACCUCAGAACAACCACCAGUUCUAUUGUAUUUGUACAUGUGAAAUUCCAGAUGAGAUAAGACUUUACUUAACUGAACUAAACUACCCUUAACUGUAUAUAACAGUGCUGACCUGACACCAAUAUUUUCGACUCUCUUGUCAGAUAUGGAUUUGGCUUUUGUGCCUCCAUUGUAUCCGCCAAAAGGAAACAGAGCCAUCUAUGAGUUUAAGCCUUUUAGCUCUGCCCUUCAUAGAAAUCUGUACUCUCAGAGAACUUCUCCAUGUUUAGCAACUGCAGCUACCCAAACCAGUCAGGCAUCUGAAUUUGUGGUAGAGAACAAAAAGCAUGAUUUAUUGAGAGCUAUCCUAGAGACAAAACGAGGACUUGUUGCAACUGCUGACCAACGCUCUUCCAUUGAGGAGGCUCUUGUGAGUGUGGAGGGUUAUAACAUGGGUUUGCCAAUUGAUCUCGUAAAGUUGGAUGGGACAUGGCGCCUGCAGUAUACUUCUGCCCCUGAUGUUCUCAUUCUUUUCGAAGCUGCUGCUAGACUUCCUUUCUUUCAGGUUGGGCAAAUUUUUCAAAAAUUUGAGUGCCGAGAUCAAUCAAAUGGGGGUGUCAUCCGUAAUGUUGUUCAAUGGAGUAUUCCAACCUUGUUAGAGGAACAAGAAGGUGCCACUCUGCUUGUAUCUGCAAAAUUUGACAUAGUUUCUGCGCGUAAUAUCUACCUUCAGUUUGAAGAGAUAACUAUUCAAAAUAUAAAUGUCAGUGAAGAGCUGCAAGCUCUAAUAGCUCCAGCAAUACUGCCACGAUCAUUUUUAAGCCUACAGAUCUUGCAGUUUAUCCGCACUUUCAGAGCUCAGAUCCCUGUAGGUAACCCAGGAAGACAAUCAGUGGGAGGACUAUAUUACCUUUCUUAUUUGGAUGAUAAUAUGCUUUUGGGUCGUGCCGUUGGUGGUGGAGGAGUAUUCGUGUUUACUAGAGCUCAACCUCUUGAAUGAUAAGGGCUAAGUUAUUCAACUUAUCAUCUACUGCUGGUCAGCAUUUCUACUCAAAAGCAUUGGUUUUGGAGGAAAUAGCAACAUAAGGACUACAAUGAUGAGGUUUUUAUUGAUUCCGACUUGUUAUACAUUUUUCUAAGACUGGUGGUUUUUACAACUGGCCACAUACUUUUAUACCCUGGCCACUUCCAGCAUGCAAGAAAAACAAAAGAAAUAUGGAGACCUUGUCUCUGGGUUUACUUGUUAUUCCUUAAUUAAGACUAUGUUAUUGGAUGGCGUUGAAACUUGAAACUAACAGUAGCUUAUGAGGGUUUACACAGAAAACAAAUUACUAACUGAUAUAAACUGUCAUGGUCAAAGUGAAAAUCAUAUUUUUCUUCAAAUUCAGUUCAAAUCAUAGUUAGUCUUUC